AUGUCUUAUAAUACUACUGCCCUUCAGGGUAUUAUGCAAUUAUUGCGGUAUCAAAAUAAUUAUCCCGCUCUUGGAACAGGAAGUAAUAUUCUUGCAAGUCAAGCCAAAAAUCUUAUUGGAGGUAUUCCACCCCUGAUGCAAGCAUAUACAACAGCUUAUCAAAUCAAUCUCUUUGGAGAUUAUCCUAAUAAAACUGAUGUUGCUCCAUCGAUACUUUUCACAGUUGUCUUUUUUAUCAUUUUAUUGGCACACUCAUUAAUAUUUGCUAUAAAUUAUUCAAGAGGUCAUUACUUUUGGUUACAAUUAGGAUGGGUGUUCUAUUGUAUGUGUCGUGUUGUGGGUUUUGCCAUGAGAGCUGUUUGCGCUCAAGACUUGAGUCAAACUCUUAUUGGUAUUUCUGGUGAAGUGUUUUUAAUCCUUCCAUCUAUUCUUUUGGUAUCAUUUAAUUUAAUUUUGGCUCAAAGAAUCUUCACUUGGAGACAUCCAGUUGGUGGUUCAAGACCAUUAUUUUGGAAUCUUAUGUUCACGUUAUAUGCAGUGGUGACAGCAAUUGUGGUGAUGACCAUUGUUGCUUCUGCUGUCCCAAAUUUAUACUUUUUGUCUCAAACAGUUUAUAUUAGAUAUCAAAAAGUGGUUAUGGUUUCUUCUAUCUUUGUCAUUCUUUAUUCCUUGACAUCUAUUUCUUUACUUUUCUUAGCAUUCUUUUUCAAGCCUACUGCAAAGGAUGAAAGUUUCUAUACCUACCAACCAUUUUGGAUUGAAUCAUUUUCACCAACUUAUUUCGUCAGAAAAGGUGCUUGUAUGGAAGCAGCAGAAACAUUUAUGAAAAGAAAUCGUAAUCAUCGACAUGCAGUCAGAGUGAUUGCAGCUACCCACCAUCAUUACAAUCUUGUUGAAGGUUUAACUAAUCAAAGGGGUGACUUGAAACAUAAUACCUCUAUGGUCAUUAUUGUUAUUACAACCGUUCUUAUAUUUAUCGGAGCUAUUGCUCGUUCUGUGGUCAUUUUCCAAGGAAGAUAUAAGAUGGAUACAGGACCAGCUGGAAAACCAAUUGUGAUGUAUAUCUGUUGGGGUGCAUUUGAAGCUAUUAUUAACAUUUUAUAUUUGGUUGGUAGAGUUGAUUUAAGAUUCUACAGACCAGACAAAUUGCCAAAGAAGGUUAGAGAUAUCGUUACUGAAGAUCAAACUGCUAAUGUUUCUGAUGCUGAGAAGGACGAUGAAGAUGACGAUGGUCAUUCCAGUGGUAAUUUCGGUUUCACAUCCGAUUCUGAAGCUGGUUUUGGAUUCCAAGAUCGUGAUGUCAUGAUCCCAGUUCCUGAAAGAAGCGACAGAGAGUCAGGUCGUCCACCCUAUCCUAUAAGUGAAAAGCAUGCUAAAUCUGAAGAAUUUCACUUUUAA